AUGAUCUCCCGUAAAGCCGCCUGCGCAGUCAGCCCCGUAGCAGUGCUGACCAAGGAUGGAGACACCUACACCUUCACGAUGACCACCUCCUUUAAAACUAUCACCUUCAGCUUCAAGUUGAAUGAGGAGUUCGUUGAGGAAAGAGCUGAUGGUGUUAAGGUUAUUAGCAGUCGUAAUAUUUUGAGGUACACCAAGGAUGGAGACACCUACACCUAUACUUCCACCACCGCCCAGGGCAAGAAAGAGGUUCCCUUCAAGUCUGGAGUCGCCUUCGAUGAGACUGUCGCUGGCAUGAAAGUCAACACCACCUACACCGUUGACGGUGACACCAUCACCCAGGUCCAGAAGUCCGAUGACGGAGUCCUGACCAUCACCAGGACUUUCUCUGGAAACGAGCUGGUUGUGACCCUGAAGACCAACAAAUGGGACGGCGUUGCCACUAGAUACUACAAGGCUUAA